UCAUGCAACAGAGCAGGGCCAGGCAGCUUUCUCUCUCUCUCUCUCCUGUUGGACUGUAGCAUCGACACGCUGCUUCGUCCCCGUCACCUCAAUGUUCUCCAGAGGAUUUUACUGAUCACUGGUGAAUUUACCUGAGUAUUCCUCCAUUAGGGCUAUUUCUCUAACUUUCAGCAGCAAGAUUUCGUGCUCAACACAUUACAGACAGAAUUUCAUCCCUAAAGGCCCUUUUUAACCUUCGCCUCCCUCCACCAUACUGCUCCAGGAACCAGUUUUUCAUCAUAACGACUAGCUUGUGGAAGCCAUGAGUGCAUGCAGCAGGAAGGCUCUGACUUUACUCAGCAGUGUCUUUGCAAUCAGCGGCCUGGGGCUGCUGGGAGUGGCGGUGAGCACAGAUUACUGGCUCUACCUGGAGGAGGGCGUCAUCAUGCCUCUGAACCAGACAGCUGACAUCAAAACUUCGCUGCACUCAGGUCUCUGGAGAGUCUGCUUUCUGGCUGGUGACGAGUCUGGCCGCUGUUUCACCAUUGAGUACAUGAUGCCCACGAGUCUCCAGCUGACGUCAGAGUCCACAGGAAAUGUGCUCAAGAUGAUCCGUUCAGCGACUCCAUUCCCUCUGGUCAGCCUCUUCUUUAUGUUCAUUGGUUUUGUCCUCAAUAACAUCGGACACGUCCGUCCUCAUCGCACCAUCCUGGCGUUUGUCUCAGGAAUCUUUUUCAUCCUUUCGGGACUGGCUCUGGUGGUGCGUCUGGUACUGUACAUCUUCAGUAUAAAUGAUGAGAUGCUGAACAGGACAAAGAGCAGUGAGGCCUGUUUCUCCUAUAAGUAUGGCUGGUCUUUCGCCUUCGCCGCCCUCUCCUUCCUGCUCACUGAGAGUGCAGGAGUCAUGUCUGUCUAUCUUUUCAUGAAGCGUUACACAGCAGAGGAAAUCUACCAGGCUCGCCACCCCAAUUUCUACCGGCCUCGGGUGAGCAACUGCUCCGAGCACUCCGGUCAGUACCUCCACCCAGAGUCCUGGUCGCGUGGACGGAGCCCCUCAGACAUCUCGAGUGAAGCCUCGCUCCAGAUGAGCGCCAGCUACCCUGCUCUCCUCAAAUGUCCUGACUAUGUCCAGGUGUCAUCCUCACCCUGCUGA